AUGUCGCAAGCAGCCGGAUUGCCGGAUCUGUCCUACACGCCGGGGGACCACACGGAGCCAGAGUACCGGCUGCCCACGCACCAGCUGCUGCUCGAUCAGAAGCAGGCCAGGGACGCCACGGAGCCACUGAGUCGCCUGUACUUGGACAGGGAGGAGACCCAGCCGAUCAAGUACCGGGACAGGGUGACAUCGGCAACGGGGCGGCAGUUUCCUGCCUUGGCAGCGGCUCAGUCCCGCUACGCGGAUCAUCUGAACGGAGAGACCCCUGACACGGCCCUCGACUCGGGUUUUGUGCCCGGCAAGGAUCUGAUCUCCUAUCAGAGGAGCGCAGCAUACAAAAGCGACACCGAUCUGGAUCCGGAUCUGAUCAGAAGGAUGCCGCUGCACUCGAUCACCGAGAAGCCCAACGAGCGCUGCCCCUCGCCGGUGGUGCCGGCGUACGCAAACUUUGAGCUGGCGAAGCGCAUGCAUCAGGACAAUCUCGACCAUCAGCCACUGCCCGAUUGUGUGGCGGACCUGGCGUUCCGCAAGGCACAGAUCGCGGGCGGACAUGCGGGCCUCUCGCUGGAGAUCGAUCCCAUUGCCACGGGCGUGGGCGUCAAGACGCACAAUGCCGGCCCGACGCACUGCACCAAGAUGAAGGUGUUCCGCCCCAAAACAGGCGGCGGUGUGGUGCCCAAAGCCUAUGGUGGGGACACAUUCCGUGGCGUGGGCUCGGCCCCGGCCAAGAAAAUGGGACCCAUGGAUCUGGCCAUUUGCUGGGACUUUAAGCCCGCCAGUGCCACGGAUGAGCCGCGUCUGGCGCGGCAUAUCGACGGCUCCAACGAUUCGGCGGGCCCGGCGGUGUUCACCUGCGUGCGUACGCCACGGGAGGACAAUGCCGCCGAUCUGGGUCGCUCCUCGGGCGUCUUCACCAGCACGCUGGGCGAGGCGGACUUCUUCGACAAGGACAUCCUGCGCCGGAAGACGGACUUCGGCGGCAGGGCCAUUGAUCGCGAGGACCCCUGCGCCUGCGACUACUCCCCACCCCACAGGGAUCGGGCACGCAGCGUCUCCCGCGACUCGAGUGCCGCCUCCCAUUGCCGCCGCGCCCCACCCGCCGCCGGCGUCAGCUUCGGCAAUCUCGCGGAGCUCUCCAGCGGCGGUGGAGGCGCUGGCAUGCCGACCAAUCGACUGGCCAAACAGUAUCAAUCGUCGCCACUGCUGGGGGGCGACAAGGCGUAUCAGGCGCUGCGCGAGAAGUACUUGGGCCCCGAGUCCAGCUGCGACGGCAACGGUCCGGGCGGUGUGCACCUGGAGCAUGGCUGCCGCCCGGCGGGACCCGCCUGCAAGCGGGACACGCUGCUGCGUCGACCCGCGCGUCGUCUCUGCCACAAGGUUGGCCCAGCCCCAGGCCCAGCCGCGCGCGGCUGCUGUCCGCCUGCCUUUGGCCAUGGCCAUGGCCAUGGUCAUUGUCUCACCAGCAAGGCCGCCUUCCGGGCGGGUGUGGCCAAGCACAAUGCCUCCUCGGGUGACUUCAUGGGCAUGGACGCGGGCUGCACGGGCUGCGCGGGCGGUGGCGGCGGGAGAGUGCUGGUGGUGCCACGACCACGGCAGCCGUACGCCAAGAAGAACUACGACAUCGAUACGCUGGUGCCGCCGUUCCGCAGUCAGGGCGGUGGGGCCGGCCAGGGUGGAUAUCCGGAGCAUUGGCGAUUGGCAAGCGUCUACCAGCAUGCCUUCAAGCCACUGGAGCAGCGUCGUCGUCCACUCCUACAAACAGUCUACAAGUAA